AUUCCUCUAAUACUUGGAGCCCCUGACAUAGCUUUCCCCCGAAUAAAUAAUAUAAGAUUUUGACUAUUACCUCCAUCAUUAAUCUUACUAAUUUCAAGAAGAUUAGUAGAUUCAGGGACAGGGACAGGUUGAACAGUUUACCCCCCUUUAUCAAGAAAUCUUGGACACUCAGGACCCUCUGUUGAUUAUACAAUUUUUUCUUUACAUAUAGCAGGAAUUUCAUCAAUUCUUGGAGCAAUUAAUUUUAUUUCUACAAUAAUUAAUAUACGACCAAAAGGAAUAAGAUUUGAACAAAUACCUUUAUUCGUUUGAGCAGUAAAACUAACAGCUAUUCUUCUUUUAUUAUCUCUUCCAGUUCUAGCAGGAGCAAUUACAAUAUUAUUAACAGAUCGAAAUAUAAAUACAACUUUUUUUGAUCCUUCAGGAGGAGGGGAUCCAAUUCUAUAUCAACACUUAUUUUGAUUUUUUGGACACCCAGAAGUUUAUAUUUUAAUUUUACCAGCCUUCGGAAUAAUUUCUCAUAUUAUUUCACAAAAAUCAGGAAAAAAAGAAACAUUUGGAACUCUUGGAAUAAUCUACGCAAUAAUAACAAUUGGAUUAUUAGGAUUUGUAGUUUGAGCACAUCAUAUAUUUACUGUAGGUAUAGAUGUUGAUACACGAGCUUACUUUACCGCUGCUACAAUAAUUAUUGCAAUCCCUACUGGUAUUAAAAUUUUUAGAUGAUUAGCAACACUAUAUGGAUCUAAAAUAAAUUUUAGAUCAUCAAUACUAUGAACAUUAGGAUUUAUUUUUUUAUUCACAAUAGGAGGAUUAACAGGAAUUAUACUUUCUAACUCUUCAAUUGAUAUUAUUCUACAUGAUACAUAUUAUGUUGUUGCACACUUUCAUUAUGUCUUAUCUAUAGGGGCAGUAUUUGGAAUUAUAGCAGGAUUUAUUUACUGAUAUCCAUUAUUUACUGGGAUAACAUUAAAUAUAAAAUGAUUAAAAAUUCAAUUUACUAUUAUAUUUUUAGGAGUAAAUAUAACUUUUUUUCCACAACAUUUUUUAGGGUUAAAUGGAAUACCCCGACGUUACUCUGAUUACCCAGAUGCAUUUACAAUAUGAAAUAUUAUUUCAACAAUUGGGUCAAUUAUUUCUUUUAUUAGAGUAUUAUACCUAAUUUUUAUUAUUU